AGCCUCUUGGGGUUCCUAGGCACCUACACUCAGCCCACCCCCAAUUUUGGGGGCCAGGAGACAGCUAUGAUGCUCAACUGGAAGCUACUGGGGAUCCUGGUCCUUUACCUGUGUGCUGGAGGCAUCACAGGCAGCAGAGAGCACCCCCGUCCCCCACCCACAGACACUGGAGAGGAGGAGGGCUCCCCAACAUUGCCGCAGGGCCCCCCAGUCCCUGGUGAUCCCUGGCCAGGGGCACCCCCUCUCUUUGAGGACCCUCCACCUCCAGGCCCCAGUCGUCCCUGGAGAGACCUAACUGAAUCCGGAGCCUGGCCUCCUGAACCCCCGAGAACCGACCCCCCUCAGCCUCCCCGGCCUGAUGACCCCUGGCCAGCAGGACCCCAGCCUCCAGAAAACCCCUGGCCACCUGCCCCUGAAGUGGACCAUGGACCUCAAGAGGACCCAGAUCUUGACCCACCCCGGGAAGAGUACAGAUAAAGGGACUUCCCCAGAGGCUUCUUGGGGCUCCAGGCUGAGUGCCCCAAGUGUACCUUUCUGAUUCCUCUCCAGUUCUCCCAUCAGCCUCAAUCACCUUCCUCUUCAAUUUUUUUCUGAACUCUGAAAGCGUCAUUCUAUUAUCUGUCCUCUCUUGAGAUCCAGCCCCCUUUCCUCCUUUUUUCUUUGGCAGCUGAAGCAUACACCCCUACCUCAUGCCCAGUCCCCCCACCUACCUGCUUCCAACCUGGUCCCUCCUCCCACCCCCUGGGGCUCCUGGGGCCAGGUUGGUGGCCCUGCGUUCUCUGCUGCCACCUGGUGGCCGACAGCUGGGAACUAUCGGAAGACGGAGACCAUUCUUCCAUGAAAUGGAAAAAUAAAAACCAUGUUUUCUUCAUUUUGAA